UCCCUCCACUGUUGCAGCGGAGCGGAGGUGGUGCGCGAUUCCCCGCGGAGGAGCGAGCUGUUUGUGCGCCACAUGUGGAGAAGUUACCAAGAGCGCAUGAUCCUUUUACGCACCGGAAGCGCACGGCUGAGCGGCAUCAUGGAAGUUGUCUCCUGCUCUCUGAUGUUCUCGUCAAGGUUGAUUGUGGUUCAUCAGAGCGCAUUCCGCGUCCCAGCUUUACUGACGUCUGUGAUGAUCUGCAGCUCCCUGCUAUGUCCUGCAGGCGCAUUUCUCUACAACAACCGCUAUGUAGGCGAUCAAGUCCUCAGGAUUAUUCCGACUAAUGAGCAGGAGGUCCGAGCCCUGAAGGGAAUUCUGGGACUGAUGAAGGUGGACUUUUGGCAACCCAACAGUGCUUCUCUAAUUCACCCAAACCGAUCUGUGGAUGUUCAUGUGAAAAACCACGACAUACGAGGAAUGCAUGAACGCUUAACCGACGAGAAAAUCCAAUAUCAGGUUUUGAUCUCCAAUCUACAGAAAGAAAUUGAAAAGCAGACAGGACAUCGCUUCUCCCGCAAGCGGAGGGCAGAGUCCCAGUACGACUACGAGGUUUAUCACUCUCUGGAGGAGAUCCAGAGCUGGAUGUUUGAGAUGAACAGAACACAACCUGAUUUAGUUGCCUUGUUCUCCAUUGGAAAGUCGUACGAAGGGAGGCCUCUUUAUGUGCUUCAGCUAGGAAAGGGAAACCAGAAGAAGGCGGUGUGGAUUGACUGUGGUGUUCAUGCCAGAGAGUGGAUAGGGCCAGCCUUCUGCCAGUGGUUUGUCAAAGAGGCCAUCAACUCAUACCAGUAUGACUCCGCAAUGACAAAGCUCCUCAACCAGCUCAGCUUCUACAUUAUGCCUGUCUUCAAUGUGGAUGGAUAUCAUUACAGCUGGAACACGGAUCGAUUCUGGAGGAAGACACGGUCUAAAAUUCGCAAGUUUCACUGCAGAGGGGUGGAUGCUAACAGGAACUGGAAGGUGAAAUGGUGCGACGAGGGUGCCUCCUCUCAUCCGUGUGACGACACGUACUGCGGCCCUUUCCCCGAGUCUGAACCUGAAGUCAAAGCCGUGGCCAAGUUCCUGCGCAAAAACAAGAAGCGCAUUAAAGCGUACAUAUCCAUCCACGCUUACGCACAAAUGCUUCUGUACCCGUACUCCUACAAAUAUGCAAUGAUCCCUAACUUCAACUGUGUGGAGUCAGCAGCGAGCAGUGCAGUUAAAGCUUUGUAUUCUGCCUACGGAGUCCGGUAUAGAUAUGGACCCGCCUCCACAACUCUUUAUGUGAGCUCUGGCAGCUCUAUCGACUGGGCUUACAAGAAUGGGAUCCCCUAUGCUUUUGCAUUUGAGCUGAGGGACACGGGAUAUUUUGGUUUUCUCCUGCCCGAGUCACUUAUCAAGCCCACCUGUACGGAGACCACCAGAGCUGUGAAAGCCAUUGCAUCAGGACUGCUGAAGAAGUGCAACCCAGACAAGGACAGAUUUCAAAAUAUAUGAACCUGAUCACCCAACAUCUUCUCAUGAGACUUUAAAUUCCUCCCAGGCAUUAUCUGGAUCAGAAGAGGGAAGUCAAAGCACACAUUAAUUUUUUUUCUUUAGGUUUGUUUACAGAAAUAUACAUUUCUGAUGAGAAAUGAAGUCCAGUUGGAUGCUACACUGAAACCAAAAACAAAAGCACCUCUUUGUGACACUACUUGCAUUCAAUGCCAGUUUGGGUUUAUAUCCUGCAUUGCAGGGUUCUGCAACCUUUAACCCUAAAAGAGCCAUUUGAGUUAGUUUCUUAUAGACCAAAACCUAGCAAGAGUCACAAAGUCCCACUUUACUGUUUGGAAAAAACGCUUUAUUUGUAUUUUUGUGGCCAUUAAGUAAUUCAUUUAUAUAAUGUAGCUAUAAAAGUGUUACAUUUUUAUUAUGUUACUUUUGAAAACAUCACAUACAAGUUCCUUUCAAUAUAUCCUGUGUCAGACAAGAUGCUCCUGCUGCAGUAGAUUAACUUUGAUUAAUUUUGCCUCUGAAUAUCAGCUGGAUUUAAGAGAAGAAUGUGAGCUUCAACCUAUUUUAAUCAUUAACCACUCUGACAAUAGAUCACACCUUUUACCAUCAUUUUUUAAAUUAUUCGAUGUGUGCAUUUUGGAGGAAUGGUAAACUUUCGAUUCAGUAAUGUCAAUUUAAUUUUGGGCUCGGGGUAAGUUCACCUCAGUGUAAAAAUCUAAAUGACAUGACAAUUUACCUCAUUCAGAUUGUUAGCAUUUUUCUUCAAAGCCAAAGAGUCAGAAUGGAGGGAUAAAAGAGCUGCAAGUGGCUCUGGAGACCCCAGAGUGCAGACCCCUGCUCCAUUGUGUCCAUCGAUGUUCAAACCACGCUGUUAUGCAUCAAUAUGUGUUUUUAGUAGAAUGGUUUGGUUUUUUUAAUGACCUCCCACCUCAGUAUCUCUUCUUGUCUUUACUCAGGUAUGGCUUUAGAAAUGUUUACUUUUGACAGCUUCUUUGCUUAAACUGAGAACGUAAAACUUGAAAUGUUUUUAUGACUCUAGAUACCGGUAUUUUAUUUAUAAGGAUAUUUUCUAUAUAUUUGUUUUAAUUCUUGGGAUAUUUUCCAAUUCCUACUUUUUUGUGGAAAUCCGGAUAUAGGAAUACUUUAAUAAAAUAAGAAAAAAUUGUGAAAUGUUGUUUGUGACCCCCUAUUUGUGUUAAACCAAUGUUUUUACUACCGUACAUGCUGGUGCCUAUGUUUGAUAGUAAACAUGGUUCUAGUCAAGCAGCAUGAACACCGAAAAUUUUUAGUAUUUUUUUGUAUAGCUGGGAUGUUUUAUCUUAAUGAGUAUAGCUGCUGAUUCCUCAUUUCUGUUCUCAUUUAUGAAACUAAAAGGAAGGGACAAGAUGGCUUAAAGUGAAAGUGCUCUCACUGCUGCCAAAUCUGUUGUCAGGCUGCCAGGUUUUGUGUGUUUGGUUUUAGACUGUGCUGAAUGCUUGUUGAUGCUGCAGAAGGCGGUAGGUGUGGGAAGAAUAAAUAUGUAGGUAUGCACACUUAGAGGCAAGCUGAGGCAUGGAGCAAAGUAGUAGAAACAAUAAAUCUGUCAGAAAGUAA